AUGGCAGGGAUUUUUGCAGUUUACGAGGCGGAUGAAACCGACGUUGAUAAUGCAGUCGCUGCAGCUAAGUCCGCGUCUGCGACCUGGAAAGCCCUUAGUCCCGGCGAAAGAGGAGUCUACCUCCGCAGGUUCGCGGAUCUGAUCGAGGAAUCACAAGACGAGCUGAAGGGUAUCGAGGCUAUUGCGACAGGGAAACCAGUUAGCCAGUUCUUCGAGGCCCAAGUCGCGGCAUCGUUCUUCCGCUAUUUCGCCGAGGCAGGAUGGAAUGCCCAAGGGACAGCGAGCCUUAAUACGCCUGGUCAUGUCAAUAUCUCGGUGAAGCAGCCAUUCGGAGUCGUGGCUUGCAUCACACCUUGGAAUCUUCCAAUCCUUUUGUUUGCAUACAAGGUGGCGCCGGCGUUGGCGGCAGGAAACACGGUUGUGCACAAGAGUAGUGAGAGGGCUCCGCUAUCAGUAAGUUAA